GUUUAAGAGCAGUCAGCUAGUCUUUGUAGAAACUCACGAGUCCCCACUUUAUUCAAAACAAAUAUACAUAGACCAAAGGGCUCAUAGCACAUUUUCUAUUUUUUAAACCAUUUCAAUAUGUCUUCUGACGAAGUUAUUCGGCAUAUCAUUUCUGAUAUUACGACAAGGUCUUCAAAUGUCCUCAAGUCGCGUAAGAUAAAGGCGACAGAUGUCAAACCCAAGUCCACCUUACAACAAACAGUCAAGCCAGUAAAAUACGAUGUAGAAUUCUCAAACGAACCAGUUGAAAAUGAAAUCAUGAAUUUAAACAAUCAAGACUAUCAACCUCAAGAAACAGAUUCAGACAAUCUACCGCCAUUACCCAACGACUCGAUAGUUGGCCAAAAGGAUAGAGAGACGGAAAACACGCUUUCAGCACAAGCAAGUCCUCCUAAAGUUGUGUCGCAAAAGCACAAUUAUGAGCAUAUCAAACAUAUAUUUUUGGAAGGUAUACGCUCUCAAAUCAUCUCCACCCAUGUGUCAGAAACGCUCGCUGCAUUUUUUAUCAGAGCAGUCGUGCUUGAUCCCAAAAAUGCAUUCCAUAUAGAAAAGGAGCUAUCUAGAGACGAAGUUUCUCGCCUGAUUGACCUGUGCGUGGAGAAAAUUGUUUCUGAAAAUGAUCCAAUUCAAGAAACCGUUAAAAUGCAAGUAUAUUUUGAUACAAACUUUCCAGCUCAAGAUGACUUUCUGCACAGAGAAAAGCUUACCAGAAUUGAGUCAUGCUCAAACAUGUUGCGAGAGAUUCUAGAUGCCAAAUCCAAAACAAUUCCAGCUUAUGAAGCCAUGUAUUCCAAGAUUGUAUUGUAUGUUCUGCUUCGUGCACAUGUUGGAAACGCAACAGAUGUUCGAGUAGUUCGCGAAACUACAACUGCACUUGAGUCUGUAUUCCCUCAAAGCGAGCUCAAUGCAUUCAUAUCCCUUACGCGAACUGAAAAAGAAGCUCAAUUAAACGGUCUGGCUCAACUUGUGACGGGUAUUCGCUUAUUCAACAAACAGCUUGGAAAAGGAGGCGAAUCCAUUGAUAAACUUCCUGAGCUGUGUGCAUUGGAGCUCAGAGAAAUAUCUAUUUUGCUGCAUAAUCACACUCAGCAAACCGAACAUCUUGUUCAACAGUAUAAAGCCGUGUUGGAUUAUGAAAAUUCUACUCCCGACUCUGAAGUGACUCCAGAAAUUGCCGAGCGUGUCCGGUGUGCUCUUGUUUUUCGACGGCAAUAUCUUGUUUAUUUGGAUGCAUUACAGGAACAAGUUUCAAAAGCUAGACAAAUGCUUAUUUCCAUUGGAGAAAAGUUUGAUAGCACAAUGCAAGAGCUCAAGGCAACAUGUAAAUCAAAGACUGCCGUACCGGUUGGCCAAGUGUAUCCGCAAUUCAUCAUGAUCUAUGAUCUAUGGUCCAAUUGGACGGAUGAACUCUUUUUGCUUGCAUUUAAACGUGGUAUUCUCGAUCAGCUAAACAACUACUCCAUGUCAUUUACUGUAGAGAUACCAUCACUUGUAGAUACAUUAAGCAUGCAAUUUCGUGCAGAUAUUGAACCCGAGAUACUUCCAGAGAACGAAGUGAUUGAAAAGGCUGCAGUUACAAUGGUAUCAAUAGCAAUGGUGAAUAAAACCGUGGAAGUUAUUCACCCAGGAAACACCACUCAGUAUUACAAGCUUCCAGUAGAAUAUGGCGGAUUUUGUCCAUAUUCUCUUGUUACUCGAGAUGGGCUUGUCGUGCCUGGAGAUAAAAAUAUUGGAAUGAUCCGAUACAAGGAUAAGCUAUUUUCAUUUGCUAACCUAGAAUCUAUGGUUGGAUUUUGCGAGGCUCCAGAAAGAUACAUGAGAACAGUGAUCGAUAUGGCUAAAGCUAACCCCGGAUUUGUUCAGCUUUUGCAUUUAUACAACUAUUUUCCUACUGUCGAGGCAUUGGAGCGGGCCAAAUCGUAUACCCGCCAACGCUUGCUGGGUCAGAUGCCUAUUGUAGCAGAAAUUGGAUGUCAAGUAGAAACCCACAUUGUAGAAACUCAGAUCAACUCAAAGUACCACUGGAAUGAAUGGGAUCUUCGCCGUGAAGCACUGAUGCUUGUAAAUCUCAAAGACAAGCACACUCACUCUACUCAAACUGCUUUGAGUCACUUCCGUCGUGAAUCGGAAACACAAUACUAUCAGCCUAAAGACUCGACCACUCAGACAAAAAAGACAUCCAAAACCAGUAUGCCGCGAAAUGUGGUGUUUUAUGCUGGGCUGAGAAAUAGUGGUAAACCACUGCGUGGAAAUAUGUAUGCCUCGCCUUUUAUGCCACAUGAAAGAUAUUUCAAGACAGUAAAUCUUACUGUCGAUCAUGAUGGGAGUCGCGUACCAUGUGGUGAUGUAUUUGGAUUGAAAAAUGUUAUGCCACCAAUCCCUAAUCAAAACACCAAAGAAUUACAACGCAAAUCUACUACGACCGACUCUAGUACCAAUCUGUCAAAUUCAAUCUCUUCUGUCAAGACAUCGAUACAGAAUGUGUACAAGAGUCAAACUACUUUUGAAAACACAUCGAAUAGACCACAACAUAUUCUUCAAGAAAGCCAGAAAAGUUUAGCUGCAUCAUUCAAGAGAGCCUCUGUGAGUACGAGUGCGUCUACUAUAAGCAGUGUAUCUUCAGCUACCUCUGAAUCCACGAUUAGCAGGAAUACUGAGAUGAAGAGCGAUGAAAGUAUCGACAACAAAUUGUAAGGCAGUAUCAAACAGCCAUGCCAAUCAAAUAUUACUACUAAUAGACAAUAAAUACAAAUCUCUGAAUCUC